UCCGCCCCUGCGGUUACCCACUUUCCCCUUCUUCCUCUUCCUUCGAACCAUGUCGGGAAUUCUCCGAUGGAAGAAGCUGAGAGACCCCGCGGCGCGCGCGGCGGCGCGGAGCUUCGCCGCAGCCUCCGCCGCCUCCGUCGCCGGCGCUGAGCACCGCCGCUACCUCCUCUCCCAGCGCUCCCCGAUCUGCACCCUCCGCCGCCGCCUCCACGUCCCCUGCUCCUCCGCCGCCGCCGCGGGGCACCGGCACCAGCAGGAGCGGCGCAAGUGGGAGGGGGGCUCCGACGAGUUCCACACGCGGCGCCUCCGCGCCGAGGUGAACUGCCCCCGCUGCUCCAAGCACAUGGACGUGCUCUUCUCCAACUCCCCGCCCCCCUCCCUCGCCGGCGCCGCCGAUCGCGGCGGAUACCAGGCCCUCAACCUCUGCCCUAGCUGCAAGACGGCCUACUACUUCCGCCCCCACCGCCUCGUCCCCCUCCAGGGCACCUUCGUCGAGAUCGGCCGCGUUCGGGGCCCCGAUCCCGAGAAGGAGGACGAUCAUGGGGGCAGGUUCAGGGGCUUCUCGUUCUGGGAGGCGCUGAGGUCGUCGUACGCCGGAGCGGGCGGGGAUCCGCCGGAGAAUUGGCCGCCGAUGCCGGGAUCCGAAGGGAGCGGGAAUGGUCUAGCGGUGCACACGCCUCCGGGGCCGCCGUUCCCGCCGAAUCUGAACGUGGUGAGGGUCUCGGGGCCCGGCGGAGGGAGCGGAGGAGGCGGCGGAGGAGCGGCGCCGGGCGGGGGGAGCGGUUUUGGGGGGAAGGAAGGAUGGGGCGGGUCGAAUUUGGGGAAGGACUUGCCCACUCCCAAGGAGAUCUGCACGGGGCUGGACAAAUAUGUCAUAGGACAGGACCGCGCUAAAAAGGUGCUGUCUGUUGCUGUGUAUAACCAUUACAAAAGAAUAUAUCACGCAUCCUUACAGAAAAGGUCUGGAGCUGAUUCAGUAAAUUCUGAGUUGGAAGAUGAUGAUGAUGAUAAUGUUGAGCUAGAGAAAAGCAAUGUACUUUUGAUGGGGCCUACUGGCUCAGGGAAGACAUUACUUGCCAAGACGUUAGCACGGUUUGUGAAUGUGCCGUUCGUUAUUGCAGAUGCAACGACACUGACACAGGCAGGGUAUGUUGGAGAGGAUGUUGAAUCCAUAUUGUACAAGCUACUUGCGGUUGCCGAGUUCAACGUGCAAGCAGCUCAACAGGGAAUGGUGUACAUUGAUGAAGUCGAUAAGAUCACGAAGAAGGCUGAGAGCCUUAAUAUUAGUAGAGACGUAUCUGGUGAAGGUGUUCAGCAGGCACUUUUGAAAAUGCUGGAAGGCACUAUAGUCAAUGUACCAGAGAAGGGAGCACGGAAGCACCCUCGUGGUGACAAUAUACAGAUUGAUACGAAAGAUAUUCUUUUUAUAUGUGGUGGCGCCUUUGUUGAUUUAGAGAAAACUAUUUCAGAAAGACGGCAAGAUUCAUCUAUAGGUUUCGGAGCACCAGUACGUGCAAACAUGAGAACUGGUGUAUUAACAAAUGCAGUAGUGACAUCAUCCUUGCUGGAAUCUGUGGAGAGUGGCGAUCUUAUAGCAUAUGGCCUCAUUCCAGAAUUUGUUGGACGCUUUCCGAUACUUGUUAGUUUGGCGGCUCUGAGUGAGAACCAACUCGUUCAGGUCCUGAGAGAGCCGAAGAAUGCUCUUUGCAAACAAUACAAGAAAUUAUUCAGCAUGAAUAAUGUCAAGCUUCAUUUCACUGAUGAUGCACUCAGGAUAAUUGCGAAAAAAGCAAUGGCCAAGAAUACAGGUGCUAGAGGCUUACGGGCUAUUCUGGAGAGUAUUCUUACUGAGGCCAUGUAUGAGAUUCCAGAUGUAAAAAUAGGAGAUGAAAAGAUAGAUGCAGUUGUUGUCGAUGGGGAAGCUGUGGGCUGUGUUGAUAGACCGGGUUGUGGGGCUAAGAUUCUUCGUGGUGAUGGUGCUUUGGAGCGCUAUCUUUCUAAGAAUAAGACCAAGGAUCCUUCGGGGACGAUUGAGGGAGUGGAGGGAGAAUUGGAAGGCGAAUUGGAGGUCUCGUCACAGGCCAUGAGCAUAUAACCAACCGUUAAUGUAUUGUAGAAUCUUCAUUUUAUUUGUAUUCUUGUAAUUAUCAUCCUUUGUAUAAAGUGCUUCUCACUUAGCGGUUAUCUCAUGCUAAUUUAAGCUCUACUUUGUAUUGUCCGUGUAAAACCUCUUAGAUGAUGUUCUACAGAAAAGAAAAAAGGUCUCCAAGUUCCAAUUAUGUU